GGGUAUGUGAUUACGGUGAUGGGAAUUGCAAGGAGAAAUCAAAAGCUCAUGGAUUUCACCACUGGGAUCCUUCUUCCGCUGCUUUUGGGUGGCGCAGGGAUCUUCACUCUCUUCCGAUGGAUCAGGAGAAUCCAGGCCAGGGCGUAUCUGAAGGACGCGGUUGUGGUGAUCACAGGGGCGACUUCUGGAUUGGGGAAAGAAUGCGCCAAAGCUUUCCACGCUGCGGGAUCCAAACUGGUGCUGUGUGGUCGAAGUGGAGAGAGGCUUCAGGAUGUUCUUCAGGAGUUAUCCGUCGCUGCUGACCCCCUCAAAAAUGCCCAUAGACAUCACACUGUGGUUUUUGAUCUCUCGGAUAUCAAAGCCGUAGUGAACGCUGUGGAGGAGAUUUUGAACUGUGUGGAUCACGUUGAUAUUUUGAUUAACAAUGCCGGGAUCAGCUACCGGGGCACCAUCGCAGACACCGCGAUAGAAGUGGACCGGAAAGUGAUGGAAACCAAUUAUUUUGGCCCAGUUGCUUUGACGAAAGCCCUUCUGCCUGCCAUGAUGGAGAGGAGGAAAGGGCACAUCGUAGCCAUCAGCAGCGUGCAAGGCAAAAUCAGCGUUCCUUUCCGCUCGGCGU